AUGCUGUCCACGAGAGCGGCGCCCAGCAAGGCUGUCAGCCUCUCGCGGACCGCCGUGAGGGGCCUGGCCACCGUGCAGGAUGGCACCCCCAAGCGGACCUACGGAGGUCUCAAGGACCAGGACCGCAUUUUCCAGAACCUCUACGGACGAUAUCCCGCCGACCUCGCGAGCGCGAAGAAGAUGGGCGACUGGCACAAGACCAAGGAGAUUAUCCUCAAGGGCCAUGACUGGAUCAUCAACGAGGUCAAGGCCUCGGGCCUGCGAGGUCGCGGUGGCGCCGGCUUCCCCUCGGGCCUCAAGUGGUCUUUCAUGAACUUCAAGGACUGGGACAAGGACACGAAGCCGCGAUACCUGGUCGUCAACGCCGACGAGGGCGAGCCCGGCACCUGCAAGGACCGCGAGAUUAUGCGCAAGGACCCCCACAAGCUCGUCGAGGGCUGCCUUGUUGCCGGCCGAGCCAUGAACGCGACCGCCGCCUACAUCUACAUCCGAGGUGAAUUCGUCUACGAGGCCCAGGUCCUCCAGAACGCGAUCAACGAGGCGUACAAGGAAGGGCUCAUCGGCAAGAACGCCUGCGGCUCCGGCUACGACUUUGACGUCUUCAUCCACCGCGGUGGUGGUGCGUACGUCUGCGGCGAGGAGACGUCUCUCAUUGAGUCGCUCGAGGGCAAGCCCGGCAAGCCGCGUCUUAAGCCCCCGUUCCCCGCUGCCGUCGGUCUCUUCGGCUGCCCUUCCACGGUCGCCAACGUCGAGACGGUGGCCGUGGCGCCGACCAUCUGCCGCCGCGGUGGCAGCUGGUUCGCCGGCUUCGGCCGCGAGCGUAACCAGGGCACCAAGCUGUACUGCAUCUCCGGCCACGUCAACAACCCCUGCACGGUCGAGGAGGAGAUGUCCAUCCCCCUUCGCGAGCUCAUCGACAAGCACUGCGGUGGCGUGCGCGGUGGCUGGGACAACCUGCAGGCCAUCAUUCCCGGUGGCUCGUCGACGCCCAUCCUGCCCAAGUCGGUCUGUGACGACCAGCUGAUGGACUUUGAUGCGCUCAAGGAUAGCCAGUCCGGUCUGGGUACCGCUGCCGUCAUCGUCAUGGACAAGAGCGCCGAUGUCGUCCGCGCCAUUGCUCGGUUGAGCCACUUCUACCGCCACGAGAGUUGCGGCCAGUGCACGCCGUGCCGAGAGGGAAGCAAGUGGACGGAGCAGAUCAUGUCGCGAUUCGAGAAGGGCCAGGGCCGCGAGCGGGAGAUUGACAUGCUCCAGGAGCUGACGAAGCAGGUCGAGGGACACACCAUUUGCGCUCUGGGAGAGGCUUUCGCCUGGCCCAUCCAGGGCCUGAUCCGCCACUUCCGGCCCGAGCUGGAGGCGCGGAUGCAGAACUUUGCCAAGGAGAACGGCGAGGCGCUGGCUGGCGGUUGGGCGCGCGACACCCGGGCCCAAGGGAAGCUGACUUCUCCCGGAAUGUAA